UUGAAGGUUAAAUUGUUUUAUCCUAGAAUAAAACUAUAUUUAACUCAAACUGGUGGAACUGGAAGACGAAGAAUGGCGACUCGACCUGCUGCGUCAUGGUUCCUCGUUCUGCUCUCCCUGAUCUCCGUCCAGUUUGGUUCUGCUGGAGAGACGAUCAGAGCUGAACCUGGAGAAAACGCCAUCCUGCCAUGUGAAGCUCCUGAGAAAAAACCUGUCAUCAUUGUAGAGUGGAGAAGAUGUGAUCUGGAGGGAAAUGAUCAUGUUGCUCUGUAUCAAGAUGAACAGUUUGAUAAUGAGGGUCAGAAUCCAGCUUAUAAGAACCGAGUGGAUCUACAGGACAGAGAGAUUAAGAAUGGAGACGUGUCUUUGGUUCUGAAGAACGUGACGACUAAUGAUACUGGAACGUAUGAAUGUAGAGUUGAUGGGAUUAAAAAUAAACGCAGGAAGAGAUCUCACCUGAAGAAUGAACCCAUCUGCAUCAUCAACCUGGUUGUUUCUGCUCCAGGGAGCAAUGAAGGACAAAAAAAGGAUGGAGGGAACGAGGAAGGACAACCAGAGAAUGGAGGGACCAACACUGGACUGAUAGUUGGUCUCUCAGUUUUAGCUGUUCUGGCUCUAUUUGCUGUUUCAGGUUUUCUGCUCUAUAAAAAACUGAGACGUUCAUCACAGGAACAGAAGCAGCCUCCUGCAGCAGAAGCAGAACUUCAGGCUAUGAAUGUUGAAAACCAUCCAGAACCUGAAAUGUGAACAUUGAGACAUUCAUUUCUAGCAGGAAGAGACUUUCAGCACUGAGAGAAUAUAUAAAGUUCAGCUCAACUGAUUCACUUCACCUGUUUCUAUCAGAGCUUCAAACAGCAGAGAACAAACUGAAUGUGAAAAGUUUGAACUGCAGCUCCUUUUUAAGGUUUCCUGCUGUCUGAACAAAAUGAUAU